CAUCUAUCUUGUUAAAAUCAAGCGGCAUCUACGAAAAAGAAGUGGUGAAUGGUUUGCAGAACAGUGGACAUGGCCAGACAGCUUUUCUUAUCCACAAAUGCCCCACCACUUCCCCGCUCUCCUCCACUUCACCACCAUUUCUCUAAACCCUUCCUCUCUCCUCCUCCUCUCUACAGUUCCUUCAUGUUCCAGUCCAAUUUUCGAGUCCUUUGUCGAACACAGCCCAAGGAGGUCUCCGAUGCCGAAUUCACUACUCGUGUUGGCCUAGACCGUCUCCUGAAGGUUCCUAUAUCAAAUAUUAGGAAUUUCUGCAUCAUGGCACAUAUCGAUCAUGGGAAGUCGACGUUAGCAGACAAAUUGCUUCAAUUGACUGGAACUGUGCAGAGUCGAGAAAUGAAAGAGCAGUUUCUUGACAACAUGGACUUGGAGAGGGAAAGAGGCAUAACAAUCAAAUUGCAGGCGGCUCGUAUGCGUUAUAUGUUCAAGACCAAACCUUAUUGUCUGAAUCUAAUUGAUACUCCUGGUCACGUAGACUUUUCUUAUGAGGUUUCCAGGUCUCUUGCUGCAUGUGAAGGUGCACUUCUUGUCGUAGAUGCUUCUCAGGGAGUGGAAGCGCAAACUCUGGCUAAUGUUUAUUUGGCCUUGGAGAACAACCUAGAAAUUAUCCCUGUUUUGAACAAGAUAGAUCUUCCAGGUGCUGAACCAGAUCGUGUUAUUAAGGAGAUUGAAGAGGUUAUUGGGUUAGAUUGUAACAAUGCAAUCCUCUGCUCUGCAAAGGAGGGAAUUGGUAUAACUGAAAUUCUAAAUGCAAUUGUUGAAAGGAUUCCACCACCAUGUGAUACUGCUGGAAGCCCUUUGAGGGCCUUAAUUUUUGAUAGCUACUAUGAUCCUUACCGGGGUGUUAUUGUUUAUUUUCGAGUAAUUGAUGGGACUAUAAAGAAAGGAGACAAAAUUUACUUUAUGGCCAGCAAGAAGGAUUAUUUUGCUGAUGAAAUUGGAGUUCUGUCACCCAAUCAGAUGCAGGUAGAAGAAUUGUAUGCAGGAGAGGUGGGAUACCUUUCGGCAUCAAUAAGAUCUGUAGCAGAUGCCAGAGUUGGUGAUACUAUUACGCACCAUGGUAGAAGGGCAGAAAACUCACUACCUGGUUAUGAGGAAGCCACUCCAAUGGUGUUUUGUGGCCUUUUCCCUGUUGAUGCUGACCAGUUUCCUGAGUUGCGUGAUGCAUUGGAAAAACUGCAACUUAAUGAUGCUGCUCUGAAGUUUGAACCUGAGGAUUCAAGUGCCAUGGGUUUUGGCUUUAGAUGUGGGUUUUUGGGUCUUCUCCAUAUGGAAAUUGUUCAGGAAAGACUUGAGAGAGAAUACAGUCUGAAUUUAAUUACCACCGCGCCAAGUGUUGUAUAUAGGGUGAACUGUGCAAAUGGUGAUAUUGUCAAUUGCUCAAACCCAUCUUUACUUCCAGAACCAGGACAAAGAAGGUCAAUUGAGGAGCCAUUUGUUAAGAUUGAGAUGCUUACACCUAAAGAAUAUAUUGGUUCACUGAUGGAAUUGGCUCAAGAGCGAAGAGGAGAGUUCAAAGAAAUGAAAUAUAUCACUGAGAAUAGGGCAUCCAUCAUCUAUGAUUUACCACUUGCUGAGAUGGUAGGUGACUUCUUUGAUCAGUUAAAGUCUCGGUCUAAAGGGUAUGCUAGUAUGGAGUACACAUUUGUUGGGUACAAGGAAAGUGAAUUAAUAAAGCUUGAUAUUCAGAUUAAUGGUGAUCGUGUGGAACCAUUGUCUACUAUUGUACACAAGGAUAAGGUUAUUUUAAUGGGUGAAGAACAGAUCUCAGAGAAAAAAUUAUUAAGUAAACUGAGCACUCAACUUUCUGGAAGUUGAAGGCAUAUAUCAGGCACUAUGAGGCAAAUUGUUUAUUUCUAACCUGGCGCAGUCAUGUUGAAGUACAUGAUGUAGUUAUCUAUUCUCAGAAACAAGGUCCCUGGGCCUUCAAACAAGAUUUUAAAAAAUAAAAUAAAAUAAAAUAAAAUGACUUAAAUACAAGCAUGUCUUCAGUUUUGUCUUGUUCCUAUUUUACCUUGGCUAGAGCUGUUAAGCAAUGAUCAUGCUUCCAUUUAUGAGGCUACCAAUGUUAUUGAGUGGUUUUGCCUACAUUAGCCUAAGCAUAUUUGUUAUUGGUUCCAUAUAAGUUGUAUCUGCUUUGUAUAAGAGUAGGCUGCAAAGUACUGUAGCAAUUGGGGCAGCUUCCAGUAGUUAUUUAUUUUCUUUUUGCUUCUUUAGACACUGAACCAUGUCACUUCUGUAUAUAAUGGUCUACUUUUACUCUAGCAAUGGCAAGUUGGUUGCUAAUGUAAAUAUAGACUAGAAAUUGACACUUUUGUGAACAAUGCAACUCUGCAAGAUUGGAGACGGUUUUUCAAUUUCACAAAUGGUGUUAUAAUAUGACUGUAGAAUUUCAUUUUAAUUUGCAACAGAUCUUUAUUUUUGACAUGUGAUCAUAACUUCAUACAUUCUGAUGCUUUUAUGAGUUUAAAAAUAUCUUGUUAAUACUGAUCAAGCUUUUGUUUCUAAUGUUACUAGUUCAGCAAAAACUGGUUUCAAGAGAUUUGACCUUACUUUAAACUUAAACUCAUUUUGUUUGUAGAGCCAUUCUGAAAUUAGAACUCGAGAUCAGACAUUUAACUGGUUACUUUAUUUCUCUAAUUUUAAAUCCUUUCUGUUCAUUGAGGUGUUCAAUUAUCAUGAGGUACCAUUUGCAGGCCUAUGCUGUGGGAAGAGCUUUGACACAGAAAUUGAAGGAGCUCAUUCCAAGACAAAUGUUUAAAGUACCAAUCCAGGCAUGCAUAGGUUCAAAGGUGAUUGCCAGUGAAUCUUUAUCAGCCAUUAGAAAGGAUGUUUUGGCGAAGUGCUAUGGUGGGGAUAUUACAAGAAAAAAAAAGCUCCUAAAGAAACAGGCUGAAGGGAAGAAAAGAAUGAAGACAAUAGGAAAAGUCGACGUACCUCAAGAGGCCUUCAUGGCUGUAUUGAAACUUGAAAAGGAAGUUUUGUGAUUGUUUGACGUUGUAGCUAUACAUUUAUUAAGGCUUCACAUUAUUUGAGACAAAGAAAAUUAUCUAUACCUUCUCUUUACACCAAAAGGCCCGUGUUCGAAAUGAAAUUUUGUUGUGUGGGGAGUUAUCCAUAGUUGCUUUGAAUUUGAAGAAUAUUAGUCAAUAAUCAAUUAUAAUAUCUUUAGGCGAUCGAGUGGGUUCUAGUGGAACUGAUUUUGAAUUCAAGUUGUAAACAUGUGGGUGAGGUAAAAAAUGAGUGCUGGCAGC